AUGCUAACCAACCACUUCAUCAAAACAUUUGAGACCAACGCCAUGCAGCGAUAUCUCGGAGCCCCGUUGCUCGUUUAUCCGAGGAAGUUCCUGAGACCCUUCUCCGCCUUCGAUUUUGGCCUGCUCGUUUACCUCGCAGCCUCCGGGAGGACAUCGUUCUGUCACCCUUGCACCGCCGAACCCGACGGCGGACACCGCCUUAAGCCUCCCCGGGAAGAUGCGGUGAGAGCUCCCUGCUCGUCCGGAACGGUGAUCAACAACGUGGUCCCUCGCACCUCUAAAUUUCGAUCGACUGACCUAUCUCAACCCCCGGAUUCCUCGGACAUGAUCGAUAUGACGUACUUUGACACAGGGCGACUCCAUGUCCGACGGCGUACUUCUUCUGCCGCACCGUCACCUGCGCACGAACGCUCCGCCGAGGUCCGCAGCUUUCGAGAAUCAGACUUAAAAGACAGGCUCCAAGUCUCUUCGUUUGCCCACCUCAACAACUUCAACAUGCUCGCUAUCUACGCCCUCCUUCCUCUGCUCGGGCUUACGCUCGCUGCCCCCAUCGAGAAGCGUUAUAACCGCGUCCGUAUCCGCUCGGGCCGUGAUGGGAAGUGUCUUACGGCUGCUCCCAAAACUUGGGUCGGUGCGCCGGUGUACACUACCGACUGCUCCAAUGCGCUGCUCUGGUCUAUCAGCCCCGGUUCCGGCUCGGUUCUGAUGGGCUCACUCGCUCUUGACGCUGGCGAGAACCCUCACAACAACGGAGCCCUCAAGGUCUGGACAUCGUACCCCGGCUUGUUCCAGCAGACCUGGUACCUCACCGAUGACAACCGCAUUGCUAUUACUGGCGGCGACCAGUGUCUUGACGAGGGCGACAACGGCGUCCAGACGUACCAGUGCACCCCCUGGAACGACAAUCAGGUCUGGUACAUCGAGGACGAGAACGGACAGCCUCCUACGAACCCCACUCCUUCCUCCUCCUCAUCCGCUGCUCCUUCGCCCUCCGCCACGGACCCCACUGACCCACUCCCCGAGAUCGCCAAGAGCCAGUACAUCUUCCCUGACCCCAAGGACGGCGGCCGCCGUAUCCGCAUCACCGGCCGCGACGACCUUUGUGUCGUCGUGCAAGGCGGCUACCCCGGCCGCGGCGCCGCUGUUCAGAUCAAUGACACCUUCAUCGCCGAGCACCUCUGGGACAUGCCGCAGGGCACCGGCCAGGUGAAGCUGCACGCCAACCCCAACCUCUGCCUCGACGCGGGUGACAACCCGGCCAACGGCUCUGGCAUCAAGAUCUGGGACUGUCUCGAUGUGCCCCAGCAGAAGUGGACGCUCGAGGAUGGUCUGCUCAAGCUCAAGGAUUUGAACCAGUGUCUCGACGUUGAGAAGGAGUCAACCCGCUCCUACUCGAAGCCCUACAUCUCGCUCAAGGACCUCCAGACCUGGGAGUGCUCCAAGCCCGACCCCUUCCAGCAGUUCCACCUUUACGACGGCCCCGGCAACGACGGUUCCCAGUAA